AUGUACAGAUCGAUCGGUACUACAAAAGCAGGGCUGGUAUGGCAUGCAACAAGAUGCUUAUCGCAGCGUGUAGAGAUUAAAUCGCUGAAUUCAUCUUCACCCAUAGCGUUUAACGUGAAUAUAAUGAAGGCUCCUUCAAACUUUGGAUAUGCGUCUUCCCGAGUAAAUCGGCCAUAUAAUGAAGAUCGGUAUCAGGCCGGAAUUUUGGACAUGGAUCUCAACAUAAAGAAGGUGGGUGACGAAACUUCGAAUUCGGUGGAUGCUUAUUUAAAUGGGAGAAUCAACAAACUAACCGAACCAGCAUACACAAACAACUAUCUACAUCAAAAAGUUUUUAAUUAUAGUGUAUUUGAUGGACAUGGAGGUGGAGAAUGCAGCGAGUAUUUAAAGAGUCAUUUGCUUGAAAGCGUUGAAAGGCUCCAAAUCACUGAGGAGACAAUCGAUUUUCUAAUGCAGUUUUACAGAAAGAAGAUUGGUGGAUACUGGAAAAGAUGGUAUCGGAGAGAAAAUCAGCAACUCCUGAAUGCGAUGGGGCUUGGAAGAGUGCUUAAAGAGAACGAGUCUAAGGAACUGCUGCUAAAGUCCAGAAAACUGCAUGAUAGCAAGACAAAACUAUGGCAACUUCCCGAAUUUGCAAGCCAGGUCACACCGUAUGAUUUUUUCAAGCUUCGUGUGUUUUUAAGCUUCCUCUAUGUUGAUUAUCAAUUUCUCACGUACGAGAACAUGUUCAACCAUACUGAAGAGUAUAAAGUUCAACAUAUUCAAGGAUACCAGAACUCAAUGACCGGCCAGGAGCAGGUAAAAAUGAUCAAUUCUGGCUCAACCUGCACUUCGGCGUUUAUUUAUUGCGUGGACAAGGAUAAUAAUGAUCCGGACGGCUACUACUUUCAUGAUAAUGUUCUCUCACGACUUUUAGUGGCCCAAGUUGGAGACACGCGUGCAAUUCUCUGUGAUAAGAAUGGUGUUGCACAUGCUUUGACUAGAGAUCAUCAUCCGUCCAAUCCGACCGAAAGUAGGAGAUUGACAAAGUUUUCGGCCAAUUUGAUCAUGACUGAUUCGUUCGGCGAAGAGAGAUAUUUAAAUUUGGCCAACACUCGUUCUUUUGGUGAUAUUUCUGCAAAGGAUGUUGGCGUUUCCGCAGAACCCGAGUUCUUUGACUACUUAAUAGGGGAUCCAGCCAAAAUGGAGAAGUACAUUCAGACGCAUGGGGAUCAUCUCAAAAAAGUCGGUGUCAAGUGGUUUGGAGGUGACGAAUGCUUUUUAGCGUUAGUUUCAGAUGGUGUCACAAACUGUAUGACUGAUCAGGAGGUUGUAGAUGUGAUUACGUCAACAACUGAUGCUAGAGGUACUCCUAAGGAGGCAGCAACACAAGUUGAUCACUUUGUUGAAGAUGUUGGAGGUGAUGAUAAUGCAACAUGUUGCAUUGUUAGGUUGAAUGGAUGGGGAAAGUGGCCUAAAAUCGACAGAACCAAGGAGCUUAGAGAAGAUAGAUUAGUCGACAAUGCAGGUAAAACGACCCUACUUGAGGAGGUGAAGUCCCUGUAUAUACCUAAUUACAAAAAGCUUCCAAAAAGCCGAAUACUGCCGACAAUGGGCCAGAACAUUGCAACAGUAAAGGUUGAUGGUGUGUAUUUGAAAAUUUGGGAUGUCGGAUCACAAUCUUCUUUACGAGUGUUAUGGAAUGAAUAUUACAAUAAAGCGCACGCGAUCAUCCUUGUUGUGGAUUCAUGCGAUAACGAUAGAUUACAGAGAUGCAUAACAGGAAUGAAAGAAAUUAACGCAAAUAAUCAAGCUGAAGGACUACCUAUAUUGAUGCUAGCAAAUAAACAAGACUUGAAAUCACCAGAUAAAAUGGAGUUGGCAAAUCUCAAGCAACUUUUCAAUCCUGUUGCCGAAAAUUUAAAUGCACAGGACUCUAGAGUUUUGCCCGUGAGUGCAGUUACCGGGGAAGGUGUGAAAGAAGCAAUCGGAUGGAUUCAGGCUAGAGUUACACGUAACAAACUUAAUCGGAAGCCCAACUAUAGGAAACACAGGCCAAUGUUCAGUUUGAUUGGCCGCACAAUCAGAGUACAGUCUCGCAGAGGGAUAACGUUUCAGAAGCUUUUAUCACCGCAAAUCCGAUCUCUUUUCAUUCAAACACAAGAAACUCCAAAUGAGAAUGCUCUGAAGUUUAUUCCAAGUGGGGCAGUGCUUCUCCCAUCACCAAAGGCACCAACUGUUGAAGUUGAUGGAAUAAAGGAUGCUCUUGAGAAAUCGGAGCUGGCCUUUAAGUUGCUCAUGCUGUUGGGUUACAACUUUUUGACAGUUGUGAAAAAGACAGAUGGUGAGAUGAAAGAUAACAAGAAGGUUCCUGACUGGUCGGUUCUUAAGCCGCAGAUAUUUUCUAUAAUGACCGAGCACUUAACUAUGGGACGACCUGUUUUGACGGAUAAGUAUUAUGAUUACAUAGCUGGAAAAAUGGCCGACCAGAAUCGUAAAGAAGAGGAGGAAAGAGAUGCCGAGGAACUGGAGGAGGAAGAUGAAGAAAUUGAUCCGAACGAUGAGGUCGUAGAGCUUGUAAAAGAGAUGCUUGUGACGAGAAUCCAACCUGCAAUUCAGGAAGAUGGUGGAGAUAUCAAAUUUCUGAAAUGGGACGGAGAAACCGGAACAGUUUAUUUGAGGCUUAUUGGAGCCUGCAAAUCGUGCUCGAGCAGUGAAAUAACUUUGAAAAAUGGAAUAGAGGAGAUGCUCAAAUAUUACAUCGAUGAAGUGAAGAGUGUUGAACAAGUGGACGAAGAAGCACUUUCUGAGGAUAGUGAUCCAUCACAGGAGUUUGCCGAACAGCCAAAGAAUUUUAAGAAUGCGAAGCUGGACGAUGUUCCCCCAUCACUAUAG